AUGUCACGCGCCCAGAAUGACUACUUCUUACACAAAAAACAAGACUACAUCUGGGAUGACACCCACGAGGACCUAACCCUCAGCCCCCCGACACCCACACCGGUGAUCAGACAGGAGAACCAGCUGCACCAGUUCGCGGCGAGCGGGCCACCAUACCUGUCGUCUUCUCCGCUCAGCUACGGGAGUCUCGAUGCUGCGCCGGGACCGGGGUCUCUGGGAAGGCAGGCCCGAGGGUCUGACGACAGGAAAAGGCUGUACAGUACCACAUCACAGAGACAACAGCAGAGGGACAACCCUUAUGACCAGGACAGCUAUGAACACAGCACAUCCGAACUCCUACCUGACACACCAGGGGACCAACCCACGCAAACCCAGGAGGACCUGCUCAUAGAGGUUCCCAUUGAACCCACAGUUAAGGUCAGGCAACCCAGGGGUGCAGAUGGCGACCCAGGUGGCGACCCAGGGUCUCCGACCAGAGUUCCUCCCGGUUGGAGAGAGAAGGAACGUCCACAACAGCAACAGUUGCCGCAGAUUUUAACUAACGGAGCCAUUCUGCACACCUACUGGAGAAUUCAGCACCGUCUGAGGUUCACAUCGUCAGCCCUGCAGCGCUGGUUAGCCAGCUGGAUCACCCUGACUAUCUUCUGGUGCAUUACUUACAUCCUCAACUGGCUCAAACAUAAUGCUAUCAAGCACCGUCUGAGAUUCACAUCGUCAGCCCUGCAGCGCUGGUUAGCCAGCUGGAUCACUCUGACUAUCUUCUGGUGCAUCACUUACAUCCUCAACUGGCUCAAACACAAGCACCGACUGAGGUUCACAUCGUCAGCCCUGCAGCGCUGGUUAGCCAGCUGGAUAACGCUGACUAUCUUCUGGUGCAUCACUUACAUCCUCAACUGGCUCAAACACGAGCACCGUCUGAGGUUCACAUCGUCAGCCCUGCAGCGCUGGUUAGCCAGCUGGAUCACCCUGACUAUCUUCUGGUGCAUCACUUACAUCCUCAACUGGCUCAAACACAAGGCUAUACAUGCUUAA